GCGGCUCGGCUCGUUCGGUUCCAUUAUUUUCAUCUGCCCACAGCCCACCGCCGCCCGCAUCGAUCGUCCGGCGCCGCCAUCACCUCGGUCGUCCGCUGCCGCCAUCACCUCGGUCGUCCGCUGCCGCAGCACUGGUCCGCUACUGCGCGAACCUUCCCCUCUGAUCGGUGCGAGCCGGUCGAGCUCCGCGUGCAGGCAUGGCUCGGACUCGGAGGGCGCGCGGCCCGUCACAUGCUCGAUGGAAUGCCUGACCCAGUGCGCUUGAUUGUUGCCAUUCGUCUUGCAGGUCAACUUAAUUGGACGAAGUAGAUGUCACCGGAGAAAUAAAUUUCUUGGCAAAGGAGUUGUAGGCUAUGGCGACCUGUGUCCUGUCACGUCAAAAUCUAAGAAAGUUGGCGUUGUUUACUCUCCAGAAUAUAUCCCAGAGGCAAAACAUUUCACCUUUCCCUCCAGUUCUCAGAUCUACUGCUCUUUUCCCUAGCAAAUGCUUCAGCCCCCUUUACCUGUUUGGGCAUUCAUGGGGUGUUAGAUGGGCUACCUAUGGAUCAGUGAAUCUAGUUUUGUCUGAUGAUGGCAGACCUAAGUUUCAGAUUGAGGAGGUGGAGCCUUCCAAAAAGAGAAGGUAUUUGACAAAGAAACGCUUGAAGGUUCAGAGGAAGCGGGUAAAGAAGAAGAGGAAUGAGGCAAAUAAAAAUGAUCCACGACGCAUCAGGCCCAAGGGAAAGAAGAUAAAACAAAAAUUCUCCACUGCUGAAGCUAGGCUCAGAUAUAAGAUUGAGAAGGCCAGAUUAAAGGAAGCUAUGUUGAUCGAAAAGCUAAAGAAGUAUGAGGUUGCCAGAGCUCAAGGCCCAAUGUCUAAACUGGAUGAUCUUAGCAGUGAGGAAAGGUUUUACUUGAAGAAGGUUUCACAGAAAAAGUCAAAUUAUGUCCCUGUUGGAAGGCGAGGAGUUUUUGGAGGCGUAAUCCUGAACAUGCAUUUGCACUGGAAGAAACAUGAAACUGUGAAGGUUAUAUGUAAGCCCUGCAAACCAGGGCAAAUCCAGGAAUAUGCAAAUGAGAUAGCUAGACUUAGUGGUGGUAUCCCUGUCAACAUCAUUGGAGAUGACACUAUAGUGUUUUACAGAGGGAAGAACUAUGUUCAGCCAGAAGUUAUGUCACCAGUUGAUACACUUUCAAAGAAAAAGGCACUUGAAAAAUCAAAAUAUGAACAGUCGCUGGAGACAGUUCAGCGUUUCAUUGCAGUAUCUGAAAAGGAGCUUGAACUUUAUUAUCGCCAUGUUGCACUUUAUGGAAUCCCACAAUCCCAGAAAGCUGAUCUUGUUUGUGGUGAUGAUGGAGAAGCUUCUUUGCUUAAAAUGGGGGGAUUGGAUCAAGGGAAGGACCUGUUGCCCCAUCUGGCUACUAAUCAUUUUUCUGAUCUUCACACCAGUGAUAUUUCUGAAUCCGAUGAAGAAGAUACUUCUGGUAGUGAAUAUGAUGUUAACGACAAUGAGACUGAGGAUGCGGUCAACAUUUCUGAAGAUGCAAUUUCUGAUCUUGGCGGGUUAGCCAACAGGGAGUGAAGCUGUAAACCCCUGAGCACUUACUCAAGCUAACACCCAGAAGGAAAAGGGUACUGAUGUCAAAAUGGCCUCUGGUAUGUAGAAUGUCAACCAACACUUAUAUUGGAUCAUUUUUCUUUAAGCUUAGAUGUGUUCCAGUGAUACCCUAUGUUGCCAUGGCGCAUUAGUUAAUUAUUUGUUACUAUUUGCUACCGAAUUAGUAGUAUCUGAAACCUCCACCCCACCCAGCAAAUCAUCUCACUGUAACCAUCUUGUUCAGUAUGGGCAUAAUUUUCUCUUCA